AUGAAACGACCAGCCUCAACACACUGUAGUGCCAGUCCGAAUGGACAGUUGAUUGCAACACUGGAGGGGUCUUCGAUCCGGAUCCGGUCCGUGAAGACGUUGCGAUCGCUAAAUCUCUCGAAGCUACCACCUGAGCUGUCGAGUCCUAUUGUCCAUUUUAUAUGGAGUCCCUCUUCGACCAGGAUCCUGGCGGCGUCGGCUGAUCACAUUACAGUCCUUUCUGUGACCGAUUCUGCAUGUCAUGCCAGCAUCGCAAACCCACUGGCUGGCCAAGGGAAACCCUCAUAUAUCCAGUUUGGUCCAAAUGACUCGGAACUCAUCCUUUUCGCCCCGUUUGGUCUGAAGCUGCUUCUAUUCAAUCUCUCGACAUCUAAAGCCGUCGAGAUACCUAGCCCCAAGUUUCACCUCCCCGGCUCUGCCAAACGCGGGUUCUCUAUACGGACGGGAUCUGGCCACUUGGCUCUUUUGACUCGAUCUGCUGGCAAAGACGUUGUCAGCAUUCACCAUCCCGACACCCGCCAGCUGGAGAGAUCGUGGUACCCUGCGACCUUGGAUGCACAGGCCGUUGCGUGGUCACCAGACGGAUCAUGGCUGCUAUUGUGGGAUUCGCCAGCACAAGGUCGGAGGAUUUUACUCUAUACUCCAGACGGGCAGCUCUUCCGAAACUUAGGAGGGGCUGACAAAGUGGACGAUGAAGCGACACGGCUGAACGUGGGGAUCAAGCUUUGUCGUUUUAGUCCAGACUCGCGUUUGUGUGCCUUUUGUGAUCACACCCGAAAGGUCACUGUUUUGAAUACCAGUGUUUGGAGGGAAGAGUUGACCUUGGUCCAUCCCGUUACCAUCGUGCCGAGUGACACCCUCCAGAUUUGGCAAGAGCAACGUCAGAAUUCUGCUGGUAGCUCCUCGUUCGACUCUUGUUUCGUUCGGGCAUCGCAGGAUGUCGCCCCUCCGGCGGCCUCGGAGGAUACUAAAUCUACCACAGAACUGAAGGUCGGCUGCUCAGUGGCUUCAUUUGAUUCUUCUGGUGCUCUAUUAGCGACUAAACUGGAUGAGCACCCGGGAACAGUAUGGGUUUGGGACCUACUCGCCGGAGAACUAAGAGCAGUUCUCAUGUUCCACUCUCCCGCUGACGUAGCUUGGCACCCAUCAAUUCACGAGUUGCUUCUGAUUACUUGUAGCGUCGAACAAGUGAACCUCCAUUUCCACUGGGAUCCGCUGUCUAAUGGGCCUGGGUUCGUCAAAUUUCAAGAGCAGCUUGUCGACGGUAAGGUGGCUGGAAAAUUGCAGGCAGCUUGGAUAGAUUCCAAGGAUGAUGAUCCAAAACUGCUGCUCACAGAUAGGCAGCAUUUAUGUGUUCUGUCACUAUCCGAGACGGGCAACGAGGCGGCUAGUUGGGAGGAAGAUACGAGUUUCUUUCGGGUGGAUAGCUCAGCGCGACAGCCUCUGUCAUCAAUUCGUGGCCAGAUCGAUUCGAUAAGAGACAGCAUCGCUUUAGAAGACGAGGGUUCAAUGUUGGAGGAUACCUUCUCGUUCAAGCAUAGCUGA